AUGGAUCUCGGGGAUCAACCUACCAAUGUAUUGUGUUGUGACAAUUUUGCAUCAAUAACCUAUGAAUAUUUCGAAACCCAAUGGCAAUCGCCUUCCUCUAUAGCAAAAAAGCAUUUACAAGACGUGGAAACCGCUUGGAGGAAACACGGCACUUUAGUAUAUUACGACGCAAAACGAGAAGGGAUCUGGGUUUUUCAACCAAGCCCAAAUUCCCCGAACAAAGCUCUCGAUGAAGGGGACGAUUUACUGAGCCAAGCCAACCUUCCUACUGUGCAAGGUGUCGAGUUGUUGAAGAAGGAUAAAGGAACAUAUGAACCUUCCUACCUUGCAAAGAACAAAUCCAUACUCGCAGCUAGUUUGAACACCCCCAGUAGCACGUCUUCGCCUUCACCUCUCGAAAAUGCACUACGCAAUGCACAGAAUGUCAAUGCAAGGGCUAUGCAAGCAAAUUCGGCCCAGAAUCUACAUGAUCCGGCAGGAGCAUCUCCUGGUGUUAAAUCCGUGGCCAGUCUAGGUGACACUUUUGCGUUUCUGAAAGAAGUCCAGGAGCACUUCAUAUCAUCCGUUCAGGGCUCCAUCAUGUAUAGGCUUUGCAACGACCACGCAUUGAUUCCUCUCAACUCACGGACCUUACUUCUCCCCUCAGAAUCACCAUCUAGAUCAAUGGCAUAUUACCAAUCUCCAAAGGUUUCUGACGACACAGUCACUCUGGUUGAUUUAGACAUCAGUCUCACUUCUCUGGGUACCCUAAUGGUAAAAGCUUGUUCUUACGUCACCCCUGGUCUUCAGAGUAUAAGCCACUCAAGCCCAGAGAAGCUCCAAAGAACUUUAUCCCAGGGUACUGAAUUAUGGCUAGCGCCAGGGGGAAACCCAGCGAAAUUUUACUCAUUUUAUGACGAUGAGCAACUGCCCGGAAUUCAACCUAUUUCGGAUUUACAAAAAUAUCCUGAAGAUCAAAGCUGGCGCUUUUAUGGAACGACAAUCAAGUCCUGGCAAUCUCGAUGUUUGGAUUGGUUGUCGACCAAGGGUUUUGAUUCAACUUCAAUCGAAGAAGGAGGAUGGAUGUUUGUGCAGGUGCUAAAUGCUAAUUAUGGAUCUUCGAACCCCGAAUACGCAGAUAUAUCUUCUUCCGAUGAAGGUGCUAUUGUACCUUGGCCAACGCUGUUAUGCUUCAGGGCCAUCAAAACUUCUACAACUGACCUGCAGCCUUCAAGUGCGAAUUAUUUCGGGCUUGUAGAUCCUCUGACAUUUGUAGAAGAAUGGUCUAUUAACGCCGAAGAAAGGGCGAGGAUCAUGUCGAAUAGGCAGCAGGAGCGGAAUGUCGUAAAGGCUGCUAAAGAACAGGCUGAUCAGGAAGCCCAAAUCAUUCGAGCAAACAACCAUUCUACAGCAUUACUGGAAAAGGGUAGCAAUGCUGGCGCAAUGUAUCCCACACCUCCAGAUGCCAUACAUCACCCUGGGGGACCAACGCCAUCAUUCGACGGUGCAGUCACAACGCCUGGGAACCCUACCCAUUUAUUCCCGCAUGAUCACGAAGCAACUAAUCCCAGCACAUCCAUCAUGAACACCGCGGACACUGAUAACUGGGUAACUUCAGAACAGAAACAUCGCUCAAAUUCCAAUAUGAACUUUGGAGAAAAUGACAAUGAUAAUGAUAAUCUCUUUGGAGACAUGGGAGGAGAUUUGUUUGGCGAUACAGACAUCACGGAUGCCGACUUCAACUUUUUCGACCAACCUGAUGACAUAGAAAUGGAUCAUCAGUCAAGAUCCCCGGUCGAACCUAAUUUGCCUCCUGCUCAUCAACAUAAGGUUGUUGAAAAGUUAUCCGUUCCCAGUAAGCCAUCAGUGCCUCAACCAAUAUCAAAGGAUACAAUCAUGAAGGAUUCUCAGCCAGAGAACAACAUACAACAACCCACGUUCGACCAGCGCUUCUCAACUUCAGAAAUGGAUUUGGAUGUGGAAAUGUCAAACAAUAACGACAGCUUGAUAGCUUCUGCUCGACCACCCUCUCCACCACGCAUUGUGGCUCCUUUCGACAAAGAAAUAGUAUUCGGCCAGUUGGCAAGACGGAAACGAAAACGAAAAUCGAAAUCGCAGUCAUCUAGCGAGUCCAGCGUAUUCGAUGAAGUCAAAUUUGAAUACUCUUUAACAGAGGUUGAUGAGAAGUAUGGUUGUAAUGGGCGAUUUCGAUAUUCCGAUGAUGAUCUGAAACCACAGCUUGUAGAGCCGCACGAUCCUACGAACCCAGAAUCUUUUGGUAGACGAAAAAGUGAGAAUAAAGCACACGAAUCUGAUGUGUUGACUCGAAUUCUGAAUAAUGACAAUGCGCAGUAUGAAUUUGAGUUAGAUAAUGAAGCAGAGCUAGAUAUUGCUAGCGAUUCUAACAGUAUAAGCGACGCAUCGGAAUCUGACGAGACACCACCAGUAGGGGUUUCGACCAUGGUUAAACUCGGCAUGAAAGGAAAACGCUAUUUUGAUGAGGCCAGUAUAAGUUCAUACAACGCUUUUACCGGAGAAUAUGAACCCUCCGCAGGGACUCCACAGUCAGUGAUCGAACCACACAUUCCGAUUUUCGAAUCUGAUCCCGCAGAUUGGUCUCUAACGCCGUAUUUUACCUCCCCCGAACCAGAUAUUCAGCCUAGCGGGUUAUCGGAUCUAGACUUGAUCGAAACGGCCCAAAUCAUUGCAGAUCAAGCUGCUUCAGGGUCUCUUCGUGUGAACGAUCGAAUAAGUCAGAACCCGGACGCCCAUGACCAGGCUACCUUUGCUACUAGAAGACUAAUGACUGAUGUCUUGCAAGCUACGAAGGUGUUCUUGAAAGAUGUCAAAAAUUGUACUCUGAAGUCAUACCUUACCAUCCCUGGGAUUCCAGCUGUAAAUGCGGCUUUGCGUUUACCACCCCAGGGCCGACCCAUGCCAAAUCCUAGAGCAGCACAGCAUACGGAUCCUUCAAAAUCUAGCAAUCUAUUUCCCAUUCAACCUCCACAGCUUGAAGUACGUAGAGGCGACUCCAAGUUGGCAGUUCUACCUCCCGCAAUACACUUUUGGGAUAACUUAGGGCUGGCGCCUUACACAGGAAACAAAGAUGUUAACGCUGUUUGCAUAUAUCCCAAUAUCGUAGGCAUCAAUGAGAAUGCUGAUAUCUUCCUCGAUCAAAUGCGAGGGGCGUAUGAGUCAUUCAGAUUUGGAGGACACGAUCGUAUUAUGUUUCCAGACUCACCUAGCGGCCUUCUGAAUUACCCAUGCGAUGUCAAUACAAAUAAGGCAGCUUACCUGAGCUCGCUUAAAGAUGUAUUGACGCGGUUGGGCAAGAAUCUAUCAACUAUGACUGCGGAAGAGAAAAAUGUCGUUGUAUACUUCGUUUAUCCUCUCAAUAAUCAGUCUCUACUCGUGAAUAUCUGCACUGCUUUCAAGCACCUGUUCAAGGUCUACAGGAAGUCGUUGUCCGAAAAAAAGCUGAAAAUUUACAACGAAUUGGUGCUGCAGCUUGUGCCGUUGGAUUUUAUGGCUGCUCCUAAUUCAUUAGUAGUACCGUCGCCGGCGGAAUAUUCACGUCUUGCUAUGGAAGUAUAUGAUCGCUGUGUAGAUUUCGUAUCAUCUUCCACUACAGCAGCUAUUCUUCUAGAGAAACCUCUUCCCCGGAACAUUGAUUUUAAGUUGAAUAUCAAUCCAUCUCCUGCAUUGUUGCAAGAGAACUCAUGUCUUCAUAUUGCUUAUGCUCAAAGUAUCGACGAACGAUGGAUUACUGCCGCAUGGUCAGAUAAUAGGGGCACCAAACAGAUGACAGCCUCAUAUUGCCUUGGCCGGAAGAACGAGCCAUUCACUCUUCUCUUUACGGAUGUUGCGAAUGAAAUCUGGGAGACCACUCUUGACUUGAUCUCCAGCAAAAAGGUUCACUGGCGUAUAAUCAUUGCAAAGACUGCUGUGAUGGAACAAUCUGAAAUCGAUUUUUGGACAGGUCUUGCCUCCACAGAAUCAAAUGGUUCGAUCAGUCUCACACUAGUCACUGUACAAUCAGACCCAUCUUUAAGGGUAUUGCCCCCACAAACAAAAAUUCCGCUGCCAUCGAUGACAACAUCACAGUCCGCUACGACGCCCGUCUCCACACCUCAAGCAUCUCAAUCUUCGGUCUUCUCCCCGGGCAAUGCAUCAACACCAACAACGAAUGCCCCUACCCCUUCCGAAGCACCAUCUACAUCUACACCCGCUGUUCCUCCCGAACCCGAUGAUCAAAGCUCUCGUCUCCUAGAUGUCACAGAUCAAACUUGGGGUGCAAUCCUCUCUCAUCGCCUCAACAAUUCAAAUUCUCUUCUCGAAUUUAAUCCUGCUCUUAUUUCCGGCUACCUCUUAAAAAAUAGCGGUACGAGCACCGAUGAUCCGCCGAUAGUAUUGGAAGUCAAUAUCAUCCAUGCGGAGGUUGUAGGAAAUCCGCGCACAUUUCACGAUACUUUGUUAAGGGAGAUUUUAGGUUAUUAUAGGGGAUUGGCUACUUUGGCAAGGGUCAGAGGCGUGGUGCAUCCUGUCAGAGACGGGAGACCUUGGCAUGUUGCGGCUGCGGAGAAGGCGGUCAAAGCUUUGUAUAUGUUACUUUGA